CAUAGACAGCAAUCCUUCAUCGACUUCUUUGGUUUAUAGCCACGAGGUUUUUAGAAUUAUUUCAGUUUAUUAGUGAAAUAAUAAAAAGAUACUUCAUCUUAUUCGAACAAAAUGCCACCCAGUAAUCCUUUGCCACCUAAAGAAAAUGCGCUUUUCAAAAGAAUUUUGCGCUGUUACGAACAUAAACAAUAUAAAAAUGGGUUGAAAUUUGCCAAGCAGAUACUGUCAAACCCUAAGUUUGCAGAGCAUGGAGAAACACUGGCUAUGAAAGGAUUGACUUUAAAUUGCUUGGGUCGCAAAGAUGAAGCUUAUGAGUAUGUGCGCCGAGGGCUCCGCAAUGACCUUAAGUCUCCUGUGUGCUGGCACGUCUACGGUCUGCUCCAACGUUCAGACAAGAAGUAUGAUGAGGCCAUCAAAUGUUACCGUAAUGCUCUCAAGUGGGAGAAGGAAAACAUUCAGAUCCUACGAGAUUUGUCUUUGUUACAAAUUCAGAUGCGUGAUUUGGAAGGUUACAAAGACACUCGUUACCAACUGUUCAUGCUCAGACCGACACAACGGGCAUCGUGGAUUGGUUUCGCCAUGAGUUAUCACCUUCUUGGUGACUAUGAGAUGGCAAACAGCAUCCUAGAUGCCUUCCGCACCAACCAGAUGAAGGGGCCUUAUGAUUACGAGCAUUCAGAGUUGCUGCUAUACCAAAAUAUGGUGCUGGCGGAGUCAGGCCAGUAUGAAAGGGCAUUGCAGCACCUACACAAGUUCUCAACUCAGAUCCUCGAUAAGUUAUCCAUUAAGGAAACUUCUGGUGAAUAUUAUUUGAAAUUGAAAAGGUUUAAGGAAGCAGAGGCAGUUUAUGAAGACCUCUUGAAGAGAAACCCUGAGAAUGUGAUGUAUUAUGAAAAACUUAUAGAAGCUAAACAACUUAUUACUCCCGAGGAAAAAGUGGCCUUCUUUGAUGUAUAUAAGAAAGAAUAUCCCAGAGCGAUAGCGCCUCGCCGGCUUCAGCUGACGGAGGCAGUCGCGCAGCCCGUGUUCGAACAACUAGUCGACGAGUACCUCAGACACGGCCUGCAUAAAGGAAUACCACCGCUAUUUGUUGAUCUCAGAUCGUUAUACUCAGACCAGAGCAAAGCAGACACAAUAGAGAAAUUAAUACUCCAAUAUUUGGAACAUUUAGCUAAAAGCGGUACCUUUGGUCCCGAGGAAAGUGAACAGAAACAACCGGCCAGUGCUUUACUCUGGGCGUAUUAUUAUGCAGCACAACACUUCGAUUUUAAGAAGGAUACGGAUCGCGCCCUACAUUAUAUCGAUGCGGCUAUUGAACAUACGCCUACGCUCAUAGAACUGUUUAUUGUUAAAGGAAGGAUUUAUAAGCACGCAGGAGACCCAGUGUCGGCGUACCAGUGGCUGGAGGAGGCGCAGGCGAUGGACACGGCGGACCGCUACGUCAACAGCAAGUGUGCGCGCUACAUGCUGCGCGCCGGACACGUCAAGCGGGCAGAGGAGAUGUGUGCCAAGUUCACCAGGGAAGGUGUACCGGCGACAGAGAAUCUCAACGAGAUGCAGUGCAUGUGGUUCCAGACGGAAGCGGCGGCCGCCUACAAGCGACUGCACCAGUGGGGCGAAGCCCUAAAGAAGGCGCAUGAAGUUGAUAGGCAUUUCUCAGAAAUAAUGGAGGACCAGUUCGACUUCCACUCGUACUGCAUGCGAAAGAUGACGCUUCGCUCGUACGUGGGAUUGCUGCGACUAGAGGACGUACUUCGCGCGCAUCCCUUCUACUUCCGCUGCGCCCGCGUCGCCAUCGCCGUGUACCUGCGCCUCUACACGCAGCCGCUGCAGGACGCGCCGCAGACGCAGGAGCCCGACACAGAAAACCUGGCGCCCUCAGAGUUGAAGAAACUUAGAAAUAAACAGAGGAAAGCAAAGCGCAAAGCCGAACAGGAAAGCGCGUUACAGGCUCAGGUACAGGUAAAACGUGAGCAGCAUCAUAAGGCUCGACAGCAGCAGGAACAGGGCGACCCAGAGGCGCCACAGUUAGAUGAACUAGUACCUGACAAACUAGCGAGGGCGGAGGACCCUCUAGAGCAAGCUAUCAAGUUCCUACAACCCCUAAGAACGCUCGCCGCGGAUAGGAUAGACACACAUUUAAUGGCCUUCGAAAUAUACUAUAGAAAAGACAAACCACUGCUGAUGCUGCAGAGCAUAAAACGUGCGUUCCAGUUGGACAGCUCGCACCACCAUCUUCACGACUGUCUACUGCGGUUCCAAAGGUGGCUGGACGACAACUUAGCUGGUCUCAACCCGGCCGUUGCCGCUGUCAUCAACAAGGAGAUCGAACCGAUGGUUCGCGGGCGCAGUGCCGUGCAGAUGGCGGAGGAGUUCAUCAGGUCGGCGGCCGACAAGACGCAAGCCAACGCGCUGUGGGGGGCCCGCGCGCUGCGCCGCCUGCUGCCCGAGCGGGCCCACCAGGCGCUGAAGCUGGCCACGGCGCUGCACUACCCCGACCUCUCCAUACAGGGUUGCGUCGAUGUACUUGACAGUCUCCGAGAAGGCGACUUCGGACCCUGCGAAAAGGAAAUAGAGCAGUAUAUCGAGGCGUGUCGCAGCAAGUUCCCGUACGCCAUCGCGUUCAAGCCGGCGUCGGCGCUGGCCGACCUGCCCGACAACCACGUGGCCGACGACGCCCCGCUGCAGCCGAAAGAGAUCGCCGCCAACAACUGAGCAACACACGCACCACUCCGCCCUCCAAAACGGUCUAAAAUUAUUCAUCAUCUGUCUACCUGUUCGAUUCAAUCUAAUUCCAAAUUGAAAAAUCGAAUAGAACUACUUUUUAUAGACCAAAGUCCUAGCUGACAGCUUUGAUGUUCCGCUGUUUUGAAAAAACUAAAAAAAAACUCGUGAUGUGAAUUUGGUUAAGGAUUUCAAUUGGGAAUAUACUUUUUAUGCAAUCGAAUAUUUAUGCAAGGCUUGGUGUUUAUUAGGCGACAAAUGUCCCGCGAGUCAAGUGACGCCGCGCGGCUACCACAUGUAUUAUAUUUGUACUAGGCACAAGUGGCGCGGGAUCACUCGACGUCUUGUCCGACAGUCGCGGGGUAGUAACCUAGUGAAUAAGUGGCUUUAUACUCAUUUACAGCACGAGAUAUUUUGCCGUUUCUUUAGUAGCAAGUUAGACCGCGUCGGGUCUAUCUUAUAAUUUAGAAUUUAAGUCCACUUUUGAACAUUUUCAUAAAUUCUAGGUAGAGAGGGUGCGGAGAUUAAGCAAUAAUAGUGUAACUCAAUGUUUAGAACAGAUUCACUCGAGAUCAAUUCAUACACAGCGGAAUAAUAAAGAUGGCAGAAUUAACUAUUUAGCUGAAUAUUCGUUAUAGAUAUUCGAAUAGUAUUGAGACCAUUUUGACUGACGAAUGUCUUUGAUUUAAAACUUUUAAUCUCUAUGUACUUUUAAAAAUAUUUUGUAAGUACUUCUGAUUACCAAAAUUAAUGAUGUUACUAUACGUAUGUCGGUAUGAAUACUGUACGGAACAAUUCGUUCUAAGGAGAACUUUAAUAAAAUCAAUCUUGUAUUUUAUUAUUAAUCUUCCAAUGUAUUCAGUAGCAUUAAAAUUUGGUUUAGUUAUAGGUCUAGACUUGUUUUUUUUUUACAAUUAAAAGUUUGUUAUAAUAACAAUUUUGAUUUUAUUCAAAUUCCUAGAAUGAUUGGUUAACUCUACAGUUAGUCUAGCAGAAUCACUAAACAUUGAUGAAACAUAAUUAUGUAUUUAUGUUUAAACGUGUGUUCUUAUCAGGUUAUUAAUGUCACAAAUUGGUUUGGUUUUAUUUUUUACGCUUCUUAGACCCGUGUUGCAUUUGAAAGGUUAUUAGUUUAUGACAUUUUGGAACCGAAGCAGACGCGAAUGCAGGAACAUAUUGUUACAGCUGCGAGUGAUUCACUGGCAAACUGGUACAAUUAAUCUCAUUUACUCUUAAAAUAAUAUGACAAAUUAUAUUAUAGGUUUCUGAGCACCGACUUGGCAUGCCCCCAAAAUUUUUAAACAUUCAUGAGUUUUAUUGUAUUCGUGUAUGUCUUACUUGUUAUAAGCGGAUAAAUUACAGUAUAUAAACGGGUUGCCUCUCAUGUAAUUUAAAUUAGCAAAAAGUCUGGUCCUGUUGUACUUUGUCUCCCAAUUAAUCUGCGACAGCCUCCUUGGAUGGCAAUUAAAACUUUCCAUUAUAACAUGUUUAAAUUCCUUAUUACAAGCACAAAUUGAGAUGUUAAGUGUAGUGUGGAUGUAUAGUGUUGCAAAAAAACCGUUUUUUUCUAGUGUGAAAAAAAACCUUGAAAAAAAAACCAGAUAAAAAACUGUUUUUUUUUCUGGGCCUUGUUUUUUUCAAGAGUAUAAUAACUCUAAAAUUGUUAGGGUAUUUACCGUUAAAGAUUAAUACUUAAGGUUACAUAAUAGAGUCUUAGGUUUAUUCUUGAAUCUACGGUAGUUUUCUGAUAAAACAGAACCAAAUUUCAUGAAAAUAUUGGCAACAUUCAUUGAUAUUAACUCAACGAAAGGGAAAUUUUGAAAAUUGAACUAAAAAGUGGGCUAGAAAAAAAACCAAAUUUAGAAAAAAAACAACGUUGCAAAGUUUUUUUUCAUGUUUUUUUUCAAUAAAGUGAAAAAAAAACAAAUCGUUUUUUUUUCAUUUUACAUCACUAGUUAAGUACGUACCGCUUUACACAAUAUUACCGGUCAAUAACACCCGAUGUUUGUUAUCAACUAGACAUGAGACAUAACGAGUUAAAGCACAAAAAUGCUGAUUUGUCCAUGGCUGAUGACGAUAAAUAAAUAUCAGGAUACCUUAUCCAGUCGGUCGACCCGUUAGCCCCAUAGUAAGCUAUUGAUUAGCUCGUGUUGUGGGUGCUACGCUACUGUUAUAGGUACUUGAUAUACAUAAAUAUAUACAUAUAGAUAUAUCAUCAUGCUUUUGACAUGAAAGCUGUGACGCGACAUAAAUAUGUACACCGCAACGAAUUGGUGGAUACCAACUUAGCCACACUUUUAUGAAUGAAAUAAUAUAAAUACUUACUAGCUUCAGCUCGCGACUUCGCUCGCGUGGUGUGUUGAUAAAAAGUAGCCUAUGUGUAGAAUAUAUUCCCCAAAUGAUCAAAUUGUCGGGUUUGCCAGUAAAUUGUUCGUCUGAGGUUGUAAUUACCGCAUUAAGACAUAGCUACCAGAAAUUAUUAAAUUCAUAUGCUGCCUAUUUUCCACUCAUUUAUUGAUAGCCAGUGUCUGAUGUCGAUCCAGUUAAGCAACUAACUUAACAGCGAGAAGAGAGAUCAUUGCAUAGGCUCUAUACUACUCCUGUUUUUCGAAUUUGAAACACCAUUGUAGUUUAUAGCCCCAAGCCUUAUAAUUUACUAACUUUGCCCAUAAACUGUUUAGGUGCAGUUUUAGGAAAUAGAUAAGCGGCGAUGGAACAUACUUAAUACUUUUUUCACAAAAGAAAAUUGUAACUAAAUGGUUACUCAAAGUUUUUAUUCUAAAGUUUUUUAAAAGACGUAGCGUAAUUUGUUUAUCUUUUUUGAGUCUCGAUUUGCAAUGAAGUGUAAAAAUAUGUUCCUUUGUAUUUUUAGUUUGUAAGAAAUUGUUUCUUACGUUGUUUCUUCUUCAUAACUCAUUAACAAAGCACUUUGUCGCUCUUAGAACUUACGUUUUCGGAAGUGUUGGCAUUUGAGAGGAAAAUAAUACAAGUCUUUGAUUUCCAGUACAUUUAUAUCAUAACGACGAUAUUGCUUUGGUGAAUAGUCUCCAGCGGUGGUGUAUUUGUUUUAUAUAAUAGAAUAUAAUAUUGAGUUGAAAUGUCUAUCCAAGUGUUGCUUCACGUAGUGUCAUAAGCCGAAUUAAUAUUAACAGAUAUGUCUAGUCCUGUGAUCCAUUACAAUACAAGUUAUCCCACUGCAACUUGACAAUAGACUUUUAAAUUAAAUGCGUGCUAAAACAUAAGGUAGCAAAUGUGGCCUCAAGUGUUCAACAAUAUUCACUUAACAGAAUAAUUAGGAUUUAAUUAACAUUGCAAAUAACUGACUGGUUUUAAUGUGUAAAAAUAAUGUUGUGUGGCAAAGUGCGCGGUUUGCCCUUCGGCCUGAGGGCACGCUUGUAAAUAUUUCUUACUUUAAGUUUGUACUGUACAAUAUCGUUAGUUCUGAGGUCUAUAAUGACUUGAAAAUUUGUUGACUGCAUGCGGCGCAAGCGUUUAAUGUGCGGACGGUGAACAUGGACUCAAAUGUAAACACUUUUGUUGGAAUUCAUUUUAUUUCUUUUGUAGAUAUUUGUAAAGUUUGGACAAUAAUUAUAUAAUUCAAUACUCCAAAUUGUAACAAUUACAAACAUUUUUGCUGUAUUGUGAAAAACUAUGUUAACUUCACAGACUACUCCACUGAAUGAAAUAAACACGUUCUUUGGUAUCAUUCUCAUUUAUUUUAGAUUGGAUUUGUUUCUUGAACAUAGCUGGUCUAGUUGUUCAUCUAAACGAGAUGUAAGUAAUAUAAACAACCAACAACAACCUAUUCAAACUAAGUAUAUUUUAUUCAGUGGAAAUGGUCAAUUAUGUUUAUGUUACACAAAAUAUCUUCAAUUAAGUUACUAAUAAAUCGCCACGAUGAUUUUAUUGUAUUGAAGUUGCGUGAUCGGAGUAUCUGUACCCGCGUCAUCAUGUACAUAAAGUAAUAAAAUUUUAUUUUACAAAUUUA